UAGGGUUUCUAGUUUCCCUCUCGCGCGGCAAUGUGGUGGGAAAUUUCGCUGCGCCGCGAUGUGAUCGUCCAUCCCCGGCAUAUGGAUCCUUCCGGCGGCCAUCGGCGCUGGAUCAUCCAGACGCUGCUAGAGGAUAUGGAGGAUCUCCAAUGCAGCCGCGAGCACGGCUACUAUGUCGCGCCCACGACACUGUCCAAGGUGAGCGGGGGCAUGAUCAGGGAGUCCGGCGGCGUCUCCUACAAAGUGGAUUUUAAGUGCAUGGUGUUCAAGUUGAUCAAGAACGAGAUCGUGGAGCUGGAGAUCGAGAAUGUGAAGCAGAGUGGCGCCGAGGCCUCUUGCGGCCCUUACACUGCGAUCUUUCUCCACCACAGCCUCAUGACUGGGUUUGUCUACUCCAACGAGAACGGCCCGUGUUUCAAGAACAGCGAUGGUGUGGUAAUCUCCAAAGGUUGUGCUGUUCGAGCGAAGAUCCUGGGAGGGCAGUUCAUGGGCGAUGGGUUCCGCUGCCUUGCGACGAUAAACGACGCUCAUCUCGGCGUGAUCAAUCCGGAAGGAUAAGUUCAUGGCUAUCGCAAACGAAGGUUACCUUGGAAAGUUUUAUCCUUUUCUCUACGAAAUAUAUACAUAUAUCUUCCUUGGACUGAAA